AUGCCACCAAAAGCAGAGAGAGGAGCUACCUCGCGGGGUAGACCUCGAGGCAGAGGACGAGGAAGGGGAAGAGGAGUCGCUAUCGACGCAAUUGAAACACCAGAACUUAGAGCCGUUCCCGAAGAAUCUUCCCAAUCUAGUCAGUCACUCGCGCCAAUUGCGCCAGUUGCACCGAUGGCGCCAAUGACACAGUCUACGGGCACCAUUACUCCAAAAGUCGAACCCAGCGAUGACGCAUUCGAUCCAAAUACCUCACUCGCUACGAUACCUGCCGAAACACCUGCACAAGACCCUGCGAAUACCCCUGCGGGACUUCCAUCGAGAGCCGGGAGUGCGACCAUAAGGGGACGUGGUGGGGCAACUAUGAGGGCACGAGGAGAAUCAACCGGAAGGGCUAGAUUCAAGCCUAAGAAUAUUAGAAGAGAUCAAGCAGACAGAGAGAGAUUAGAGCAAGAGGAAAGGGAUCGAAAGGCGGCAAAUCAAGCACAAGCAGAAAAAGAAGCACGUAGAUUUCAACGAGGGCGAGGACACACUGGAAGAGGUAGAGGUGAUGCAAUGGGUCAAAAUCGUGGGGCGGGAAGAGGAGCUCCAAUGUCGAGUGCUACUGGUAUUUUCAGUGUUGCGCCGGCUGCAAUGGACAGAAAGGGUGGUAUGGAUGGCUUUGCCAUUGGAAGUACAAGAGGGGGAGGAGGAGGGGGUGGUGGAGGUGGAUUUGGAGGAGGAGGAGGAGGAGGGGGGGGAGGGGGUGGUGGUGGUGGUGGAGGAGGCUCUGGAUCGGGAAAUGGAGGGGUAAAUGUGCUCUCUGCAGAAAACUCCUCUACCUUCGAUCCCGAAUAUCCCGAUGAAGGCGAUGGACAAGUCAAGAAAGUCAACAUUGAAAUGAUCAGUUUAGUAGAGGAUGAUGAUGAUGAUAUGGUUGGAUCUGGCAGAGGAGGCAAAGGUGGUUACAAAUCGCGGUCCCUCGCACCCAUUCGAAUCAAGCGCGAAGAACACAAGGAACGUUCCAACAUGAUGGUUAGUGAUCCAGAUCUUGCAGAGGCAGCAAAGAAGCAAGCGGACGAAGCAGAGGAUGAUAAAUCUGGGGAAGAUAUUGAGAUGACUAUGGAUAGAGCGACAACCGCCGAGGAGCCAAGGGCAAAAGACGAACCUGGUCUCGAAUCUCCAACCAUGUCAAAAUUCCCCGAGUUCAAAGCACCAUCUUCCCCUGAAGAGAAGAAGCGUCUCAAAAAGGAGCUUGAAUCUCCACAACAAUCUAAAGUACUACGACCUAGCAGAAAGAAGGACAAAGUUCCAGUCAUACAAACCGAAGAGGAUAAAUUCGAAUAUGAACGUUACCUUGAGGAUGUGGACAUACUUGCUGAGGAACUUCGUCUACUGAGAGGAAAUGUGGAUGAAUCACCCAAGGACAAAGGAAAAGGCAAGGCUGUCGAUGUGGAUGGAGAUGUUGGAAUGGGCGGCGAACAAGAACAAGAUGAAUCUCAACCAGAAGCUAAUCAUGCAGAUGGUCGAAUCUAUCUAUUCCAAUUUCCUCCUGUUCUUCCUCGGUUAUUUAAUCCUCAAGUUGAGAAUUCGGAAGAUGUUGUUGUGACUCAAUCCUCUGAGCAAAUUGAUCUUACCGAUGAUAAAGACAAAGGAAUUAAGAAGGAAUCUGAAGAAGUCAUCAUCAAGACCGAACCAAACGUCGCGCAAGAAAAUGAGGCAUUAGUUAGCGAACAAGGAUAUAUUGGGAAAUUGGUCGUAAGGAAGAGUGGCAAAGUGGAACUGGACUGGGGUGGCACAAGUAUGGCAGUAGGCCGUGGCGUUCCCGCUGCUUUCUUGAGUCAAAUUGUUCUUGCUGAGGAUCCUAAAGGUGAGGCACCAGAAGGUGUUGCCACUGGAUUGGGAAAAGUUAUGGGGAAGUUUAUCGUUACUCCUGAUUGGGAAAAGAUUUUUUAG